AUGGCUUCAAGAGAAAAUUCCGGAAUUGGAGAAAAGUCCAAAUAUCUAGAAGGUAUUAAGAAUAGAUCUUCAACAGUUCCUCUGCAAAUCAAGGUUACCAAAUAUACACUCUAUGUUUGUCCUAGUACGAAGGUGCUAGACUCAGGCACAGCAACACAGAUGAUACCACACGGACCGGCAACGACGAGCGACCACACUGUCACCCAGCAGAUUCACCAGCGCACGCAGGCCAAGACCACCAACCGGCUACGACAAGAUCUUCUAGGUCUUGACCCUGAUGGAGAAAGCGAGCUGCACCAGCGCAAGGGAGCCUAUGGAGGGGAUGUGAGCGCGGACGACUUCCAGAGAAAGAUGUUGAAUGACGAGCAGAAGCGUGAGAAGAUGGUGGAGGACAUGAUCAUCAUGACGAGGGAGUGGAAGGAGCAGUCAAGGAUCGCCAACAAGAUUAUUAAGAAGGACAUAGAUGCACUGGACAAGUCAUCGAAGGUGGCCGACUCUAAUCAGACACACCUGAAGGUCGAGGCAAACAGGCUGGCCGAGUACAACAAGCGAGCGUGUAACUUCUGGAUAUGGAUCAUGAUCAUCAUUGUCUGCUUUACGUUCAUUGGUAAGUAA